AUGUUGCCGACGAGCAGCAAUAUUAUCAUCGUAGGUGCUGGAACAUGGGGCUGCUCCAUUGCCCUCGAGCUCGCUCGUCGCGGACACACCUCCAUCAAAGUCCUGGACGGCAGCUCCUUUCCCUCGCCCAUCUCCGCAGGAAAUGACCUUAAUAAGAUCGCGGAAGAGAGCAAUGAACCCUCCGAGUCUGACUCCCUCCAAGACUUCUUCUGGAAUCGACUGACCCAGCUUGCAAUGCAUGCAUGGAAAUUUGAUCCACUGUUCUCACCCUUUUACCAUGACACCGGUUUUAUCAUGGCCGCUGUUGGCGAUGAAGCCCACCAGCGUUGUCUAGAGUAUGCCAAAGGCGAGAAAGAUUUCCCAGCAGCCCUGAACACGAAACACGAUUUCCAGCAGACAAUGCCAGGAGGGUUGCUACAAGGCGACUUUCCAGGUUGGAGGGGCUUUUGGAAAAAGAAAGGCGCAGGGUGGGUGUUCGCUAGUGGAGCUCUACGAGCUAUGCAUCAAGAAGCCGUGAAAUUGGGUGUGGAAUUCGUAACUGCCAGCAUGGAGGGCAGUGUCGAAGAGCUACUGUAUACUUCGGAUAGUAGCGCAGUAUUGGGGGUAAAGACGAGGGACGGCACAAAGCACAAGGCUCGGCACAUCAUUGUAUCCGCUGGUGCGAACAGUGACCUGCUCUUAGACUUCAAGAGUCAACUUCGACCCACAGCCUGGACACUUGCACAUCUACCCCUCUCAGCCGAAGAAGCGAAGCAGUACCGGAACCUACCUGUGCUAUAUGGUGUGGAUCGCGGUUUCUUCAUCGAACCCGACACCGAGAGACACGAAAUAAAGCUCUGCGAUGAACAUCCGGGAUACAUCAAUCCUGUCAUCAACAACAGUGGCAAGAUGCGCUCCGUUCCGUUUGCGCGAAAACAGAUUCCGAGAGAAGCAGAAGCACGUAUGCGUCGACUUCUCUCUGACACAAUGCCACAGUUUGCAACCCGAGACUUGAGCUUCGCACGUUUAUGCUGGGACGUAGACACUGUGGAUCGUGUCUUUCUCAUCGACAAGCAUCCUGAUGUCCAAGGCUUGAUUGUAGCGGUCGGAGGAUCUGGAAAUGGCUUCAUGGCAUGCCCUGCAAUCGGCUCUCUGGUUGCAGAUAUAGUAGAGAACAAGAGUGAAGGGAAAAUGAAAGAGGCAAUGCGUUGGCGACCAGAGAUUUGCGCCGAGAGGGAUUUGUGGGAUGCGCAAGGGAGAUAUGGUGCUGAAGGGAAGGUUAUGGAUAUCCGACGGGUAACAGAGUGGACAACGAUAUGA